CAUUCUCUAAUUUCCUCUUUUGUUUAAUUUCACCUAGGGUUUCUUUCUCCAUUUUUAAUUUUAUGAUUAAUUGAUGGAAAUAUGCGAUACAGAUGGCUGAUUAAAGAAUAAAAGGAAUAAUUUUGAGGGUUUUUUUUUAAUGAUUUGGAGUUUUGUCCUCAGGUGUUAAAGAUCUGAGGCUAAUCGUUUAUUUAUCUCUUUUAUUUUAAGUGACAAAAAAAAAAAGAAAAAGAAAAUGACCGCUUUAAGGUUUAUAAAGUGCGUGACUGUUGGUGAUGGUGCCGUUGGUAAAACUUGUUUGCUGAUUUCUUACACCAGCAACACUUUUCCUACUGAUUAUGUGCCAACUGUUUUUGACAAUUUCAGCACAAAUGUUGUUGUCAAUGGGGGUACUGUUAACCUGGGGUUGUGGGAUACUGCAGGACAAGAGGAUUAUAACAGAUUAAGACCUUUGAGUUAUCGAGGGGCAGAUGUGUUCAUAUUGGCAUUUUCCCUCAUUAGCAAGGCCAGUUAUGAAAAUGUCUCCAAAAAGUGGAUUCCUGAGUUAAAACAUUAUGCCCCUGGUGUUCCAAUAGUUCUUGUUGGAACUAAGAUUGAUCUUCGGGACGAUGAGCAGUUCUUUAUUGAUCAUCCUGGAGCUGUGCCUAUUUCUCCAGCUCAGGGAGAGGAGCUGAGGACGCAGAUUGAUUCACCUGCUUAUAUUGAGUGCAGUUCAAAGACCCAGCAGAACGUGAAGGCAGUUUUUGAUGCAGCCAUCAGAGUCGCCCUUCAACUGUCCAAGCAGAAGAAAACGAAGAGCAAAACACUGAAGGGCUGCUCCAUAUUGUGACUAUAGAAAGAUUAUGGCCUUAUGUCCUAUCAAUGGUCCCUUCACCCCACUAUUUCCCUUUAUCUUCUUCUUGCUCUUGAAGAUGUUAGAAUUUAGAAGCCCUAGAAUAUAGUCUCUCUCAACUGACAACUCGGUAUCUCGUUGAAUCAUCUGGUGCCUUGGUGGUAUUGCUUUAUUGAAACUCUUGUGAUCUCUAACUGUUGAAGCAAAGUUCAUGGAUGCCAGCCCCCUUCUCUCGACUUUGUUUUUGAUAUGUUGAUGUAUUAAGAAAUUGCAAGGACAAUCUUAAAUUAAUUGCUUUGUAUUGUUUUAAAAGGCUUGGAAUGUUUGUGGUUUCUUUCUUCUGUGCUUAGUUUUUUGGCAACUUGUCUGUUUGUGAUGGAUCUGUGGGUCCUUUCUUCCAUAUCUAUGAUCUUUUUAUGCUAUUUAUAACCGUCACUCUUUGUUCGCUCACAUUAUAAGCACCAGGACCAGAUAUGGUCAAAAUUGGUUGUAUCAAAAGUAGAUUAAAAGUUCGUUAAAGCAGGAAAAAGGGCUUUUAGAGUCAUCAGUCUAACCAAUAAAGAGAUGCCGCCCUUGUGUGUUUCAUUUCUCCUCUCGGAAUUUCAUGCAAGCUGUCUUUGAUGUUAUGGCGUAAUAAUAUGGCUCAUCAAAGUCCCUCUGUUUUAUCCCAUGCCUCACCCUUUUUGUUUCGUGGAAGGCAAUUUCAAGUUGCAUGUGGAAGGAAUCUAUUGAUGUAUAAAGGACUUUAUGAGAUUGGAAGUUACAUUUUGUGGUUACUUUAUAUGAAAACGACAAGAACAAAACAUGGGGCAAAGUGGACGAUUCUCAGUUCACAACU